AUGGCAAGGCGUUGGAUCGAAGCGGAUCCCUGUUGGAACUUCGAUCCAACGGCCUUGCCAUUGGCCGAUUGGAUCGCCCUGCAACGGGAGGACGAUCCCCGGGUGGCCUUGCAACGCUUGAGCAGCGAAGUGCAUGACGAACUGGGCUUCAAGUAUGCCGCGGAAUACGAGGAGCUUCAGUUGGCCGUACGCUUGGUGGAUUGGUUGGUGGCAACUGAAGGCUGCCAAAACUUUCGACCGCAGCAAGCACAGAGGCUCUUGAACAGCGAGGGUCUUUGGCAAACCUUGCGAACGCGGUUGAUGCGUGCGUGGCGUGGCAUUUGGGGCGAAGACGCCGUGGAUCGCGUGGCCAAAGCCCUGCUUCAGAGGUUAGCCGACCCAGCCCUGGACGUGUCCGACGGUGCGACCAGAUCUCGACCUGUGGACUGCGUGGGGUUGCAGACGUACUUGGCCCUUUGCGAGGGCAUCCAUGGU